UGACAGAGCCUCCGCACAGUCCUCCCGCCCGGGCAUGGGGAGGACACAGCUGGCCAGGCUGUCUCCCUUCCCACUGGAGGGGUUGUCUCGUCCUGAGCCUCAGCCCCUUCCUUCACACGGUCCCUCUGCCUCCUCCUCCCCCUUCCCACAACUGGGUGGGGGUGAGUGGGCAGGGGGCAGGCGCAGCCGGCUGAGGAGCCUGAUGAUUUCCUGCCCUCACCACAGCUUCCUGUCGCACGCGGGUGGUGAGGAGGAGCAGAGGCAGGCGGGGAGCAAGAGAGGGGCAGGUACAGCUGGGCACAGGGAUCGCGCGUCGGGUAGCUGGGGCACAGGCCCCAGCUCAGGCUCUGAGCCUAGAAACGGCCGGCACCGACCUCACGCUCAGUCCAGCGAGGAAGUGGGGGUCGUUGAGCCCCAAAGGAGGACGCAGCUGCCUGCCGCCGCCGCCGCCGGAUCCCGGGCUGGGGCCCGCUCAGUCCCACACCCCUGCUGCUGCGGCUCUGCCUCGAGGGGCUGCAGUGCGGCAGGGUCUGGGGCAGGUGCCCUGCAGAUGGAAGCGGACGCGCUGAGCCCCCUGGAGCUGGGUCUCCUGCUGCUGCCCCUCUUGGUCACACUCCUGGCUGCCCUGUGUGUGCGCUGCCGUGAGCUGCCAGCCUCCUACGAGAGUGCCUCCACAGAAAGUUUGUACCCAAGGAGCAUCCUCAUCAAACCGCCUCAAAUAACCGUCCCCAGAACAACUUCCACUUCCUACCCUCUUGUUACCUCCUUCCCACCCCUGAGGCAGCCAGACCUGCUCCCCAUUCCGAGAUCCCCACAGCCCCUUGGGGGUUCCCAUCGGAUGCCAUCUUCCCGGCAAGAUUCAGAGGAUGCCAACAGUGUGGCGAGCUACGAGAACCAGGGUGGGUCUGGGGUCUGGGGAACUGGGUGGGGUGGGGAGGCUGGAGCUGUCCCAGGUCACGUGGACUUCUCACUCCUCACAGAGCCAGCCUGUGAGAACGUGGAUGAAGAUGAGGACGAGGACGACUAUCCCAAUGAGGGCUACCUAGAGGUGCUCCCUGACAGCACCCCGGCCGCCGUUCCCGUGGUCUCCUCUGCUCCUGUGCCCAGCAACCCUGGCCUCCGAGACAGCGCCUUCUCCAUGGAGUCAGGUGAAGAUUACGUGAACGUCCCCGAGAGCGAGGAGAGUGCAGAAGCGUCUCUGGAUGGGAGCCGGGAGUAUGUGAAUGUGUCCCAGGAGCUGCAGCCAGUGACCGGGGCUGAGCUGGCCACCCUGAAGUCCCAGGAGGUGGAAGAUGAAGAAGAGGAAGGGGUGGAGGCAGAGGAGGCUCCCGAUUAUGAGAAUCUGCAGGAACUUAACUGAGAGCCUGCUGCAGCCAUCUGUCCUGGAACUAGCCUUGCUGGGAGGGCAGAGCUGGGCAGCUGGAAGUAGCUCUAAGAGAGUCCCAUUUGACCUCUGCCUUGUCAGCCGUCUGAGAAUCCCCCUAACUUAUUGUCACUUUGGGGUCCAAUCUGUGUCCCCAGUAUUCUGCAUCUUCUGACGAAGCCUGAGAAUGAAUCUAGUUCCUGCUUGACUCUGUCAUGGAAUAAAGGCCGUGAUGGCCCAAAAUCUUC